AAUGAAAUCACGAAUUAGUCACAAGUCGGUAGCGAUGUGAGCCGGACGCCACGCUCUUUGCUUGCCUUCGCGCUCUUUCGCGCCGCGGCUGGGUUCCCCGCGGAUUUAGGCCAAGUGUUUCUCUUUCCUUCCUGGUCACAAACGUAACUCUAUCCCUUUCUCCUAGUGCUACUUUCAUUGAUGUAAUCAGUUCAAUGUUUACACUUAGAUAUCAGGUGAUGAAAAUUCAUUGUGUUUUGAAUGCUGAUAAAGGAUUUCUCAGCUGGUUGCCGAGCUUUAUGUAGGUAUGGGCGACGUGACAUCGAGUUGCCAUGCCGGUUCUACGCAACGCUGAUCACCCCGCGUCGCAGGCCACCGACUCGGUGAGCCUGCGCUACGCGGUCGCCGUACUCGGAGCCUGGGCCGCCGAAGGAGCUACCUACCCCUUCGACUUGACGAAGACGCGGCUGCAAAUUCAGUCCGAAGUCGCAGCCGCUAACAAAGCCGGAUAUAAGAUCGAAAACCAUGGCAUGAUAAAAACAGCAGUUGGCAUCGCAAAACAAGAAGGCGUUCUAAAACUAUGGAGCGGCCUGAUGCCCAUGUUCCAACGACACAUCAUAUACUCGGGCAGCCGUCUCAUCUUUUACGAAGAAUUCAGAAACAGAUUCAAGGAUGAAGAUGGAAAAACGUCUCUGAAAACCGCGUCUUUGGGCGGACUGGCGGCAGGCGCGCUGGCGCAGCUCGUGGCGUCGCCCACGGAUUUAGUGAAGGUGCAGAUGCAAGCCGAGGGUCGGAGGGUUCUGCAAGGCAAGCCACCGAGGUAUACUGGCUGCUGGCAGACGUACAAGCUGCUCUAUAGGGAGAGCGGAAUAUUGGGCUUCUGGAGAGGAGCCGUACCAAACGUUCAACGUGCAGCGCUUGUCAACAUGGGUGACCUAGCAGCCUACGACUAUAGCAAACAAUUCCUGAUGCGGGAAUUCGGCAUGGCAGACAACGCGGUGGUGCACGCCGGGGCGGCGUUCGCGGCCGGAUUCGUGGCUGCCGUUGUAGGCACUCCGGCAGAUGUCAUGAAGACCCGCCUGAUGAAUCAGCCCGUUGGUCCGGAUGGGAGGGGUGUCCUGUACCGUGGGAUGAUUGAUUGUCUCCAGCAAUCAGUGAAGAACGAAGGCAUUUUGUCCUUGUACAAGGGCUUCUUGCCCCUCUGGAUGCGAUUAGGCCCGUGGGCACUGAUCAACUGGAUGGCUUUUGAAAACAUCAUGCUAGCCUUAGGGGGAAAGACAUUUUAGAGAACAUUACAGAACAGAUCAGUUGUUAAAGUCAAUAGUAUAAAGCAAGACAAUUAUAUUACUCUGUAUCUUUAGAUAUUUAAAUAAAAGUAAACAAAAUCUACCCUCAAAUGGCUCCUUAAGCCAGUUGAGUUGAGGGUAGAUGAAAAAAUUACAUGAUCAAAUAAUGUAGGUUAUUAGUCAGGUCGUUCAGUGACAGAUCCAGGCGGUUUUGUAUUUGGUUGGUUAACCGAUAAAUGUUAUAACUACCCGAAAUGUCCAAAUUAUUUGUUUACUUUUAUUUAAAUACCAGUUUUACUAGUUGACUGGAAGUUUGGGAGAGAACCACAAAAACGUAUACCUAAGUCAAGCCUAAACUAGAAGCCAGGUCAAAAAUGUAAAAAGCUAGCAUCCUAUAUAUAGAAAUCCUCUUGACGUUUCAUCAAGAGUAGAGAUAUAGAUAAAAGUAUGACUAGGGAAACUAGCAUUCUUCGCCAUCUCUUGUUUUUAACUGUUGCCACGUGUAGAUGACAGCUGUCAUCUCAAUACUAUUGAACUAUUGUACAGAAUUAUAAAACGUAGAUUCAUAUUAUUAUUAUUAAAGCUGUAAGUGAGAUGACAGAUUUCGCUAAGACCGGUACGAUAAAAAUAUUUAAAUUAACAUUAGGCAACCUAAACUAUUUUGAUUGCGUAGCACAAUUUUUAUAUUUUAUUUAUUUGUUGUUUUUUUAUUAAUUGAUAUAGGUAUUUUAAUGCGGAAUCAUAGACGAAGUACGUCUAAGUGAUAUAGUGAGACCUCUAUUCUAUCGAUAUUUUUUUACGUUUGUUUUGGUGUUGUCUUGUAGUCUUUGCGACCAAUCAAGAUUUUAUUCGUAAAAUAUUCUGCUUAAGUAUAGGUAAAAUAUAUACAUUAUACUCCAAUGACAAUACUAAAACAACGCAUAAAAGAUAUCUUUAGGAUUAAGCGCAAGGUGCGAACUUAGUAAAAUAGAGAUAAGUAAUACAUAGUACUUAAGUAGAACCAUAUAACAUAACGAUGAAUUGAAUUUGAAACACUUUGAUGAAGCGGACUAGACAAUUAGGUAUUAGGUGCUAUCUAUUUUUUUAAAUAUUCGAUUUGAAGUCAGCUAUAUGUAUUACCAAAGUUUGUUGAAUCUGGUGAAAUAAAGGGCAAAGCACUAAUAACUGGAACAUUAGGUACAUUAACCAUCAAUAUUGUAUACACAUGCCGUUAGUUAAAAACGUCAUUGUCAUUAGCCUGUUAUUGGAAGUUUACCCUUCCAACUAAGUAGGUAAGUUAAAUUGAUACCAAAGUUUAUUUUAUGUUUUAUUUGUUCUGUAGGUACUAUUACAACACUAAUUCUUGUUCAUUGUCUUCAUUAGAAACGGCUUUCCCACAGCGUAUUCAGUAUGGGUUGGAUUCCAGGAUUCUUGCCCAGAGUCAGCCCCAGAGUGGCUCCAGACAACAAAGAUAUGUAAACAGAAUACAUAUUUCGGAUUAUUUCACUAGUAAAGCAGUAUACAUUUCUUUGACGACUGAUCUUGGAAAGAACGCCCAGACUCCCCCUGUUAAUAUUUUUUUUAUAAAUUGAAAUUCGUAACUGAACAAAAUAAUAUUGUCUUUAAUAUUAAGUUGAUUUUAUCUCAGCUCUAAACUUCACUUCGCAUAAAAUUACACAAUCUAUGUAACUGCUCAAAUGGAUGAAGACUCGUAACAAACACAUGUAAUAAGUUUGUGCAAAACUUCUGACAAACGUAAGUCGUAUUAUCAGUAGUUUUGCAUAAAAUCGUACUUAUAUCACAUUAUUAUAAGCCUUAACUGUUUAUGAAUCAUUUUUUUUGUUUUCCUGUAUAUUUUAUAAUAUAAGCAUGCUGUUUACUAAAUGUGAUGUUAUUUAGGUAUAAUAAAUUAUUAAACUGUUGAAAAUCA